AUGCCGGCCGACCUCCCCCACGACGAGUUCUUCAGCAAACUCGCCCUCCUGUUCAGCCAAAGGCGCGACACGCCCCACGGCGCCAUCUACCUCUCCCAGAAGCGCCUGUCCUUCGGCCAGGCGGGAACCGACGCGGAAUCCGGCACCGGCACCGGCACCGGCACCCCCUUCCCCGUCAUUGUGCGCGCGUCCAACGGCAAGUCGAAGCAGCGGCGGGCGGACAAGGUCAAGCUGUCGACGGUGGUGCAGCCGCACGACCUGGACGCCUUUUACGCCCGCUACGCUGACGUCUGCAAGGCCGGCAUGGCGGCGCUGAAGCCGCGCGAUCGGAGCAAGAAGCGCGCCAAGGCGAAGAAGAAGAAGGCCGCGUCGUGA